AUGAACAGGUUGAUCUUGUCAUCCCUCGCAGGACAUAAGACCACUGCUGGUGCCUCUGCACACCAGAUGGUUCGCUACUUCCACUCGUCUUCUCCUAACUUUAUGUUCGAGAAGAUAUUGGUUGCUAAUCGUGGAGAGAUUGCAUGCCGUGUAUUCCGCACUUGUAAGAAGAUGGGCAUCAAGACUGUUGCCAUUCACAGUGACGCAGACAAGUACUCAAAGUUUGUGCAGGAGGCUGAUGAGGCAGUCUGUGUCGGCCCAGCACCAACCAGCAAGAGCUAUCUGAACAUCGAGGCCAUCAUUGAGGCCAUCAAGAAGACUGGCGCACAAGCCGUUCACCCCGGCUACGGUUUCCUCUCGGAGAACAGUCACUUUGUCAAGGAGCUCGAGAAGAUCGGCGUCACCUUCAUUGGACCGGGCUCGUACGCCAUGCACGCACUCGGCGACAAGAUCGAGUCCAAGAAGAUCGCCAAGGCGGCCGGCGUCAGCGUCAUCCCAGGUUUCAUCGGUGAGGUCGAGAGUCUGGACGAGGUCAUCAGGAUCGCCAACGAGAUUGGCUACCCCGUCAUGGUCAAGGCCAGCGCUGGUGGUGGUGGCAAGGGUAUGAGAAUCGCCUGGAACGACGAGGACGUCAAGAUCGGAUUCAGACUGUCCAAGCAGGAGGCCAAGUCAUCGUUUGGUGAUGACCGUAUGUUGAUCGAGAAGUACAUCGACCGCGGCAGACACAUUGAGAUCCAGGUGCUGUCCGAUGGUGACAACGCCCUCUACUUCCCCGAGCGUGAGUGCUCGAUCCAGCGUCGUAACCAAAAGGUCAUUGAGGAGGCGCCCUCGCCCUUCCUCGACGACGAGACCCGUAACGCCAUGGGUCGCCAGGCCGCCGCACUGUGCAGGGCCGUCGGCUACAAGUCCGCCGGUACCGUGGAGUUCCUCGUCGACAUGAAGAAGAACUUCUACUUCCUCGAGAUGAACACUCGUCUCCAGGUGGAACAUCCAAUCACUGAGGAGAUCACUGGCCAGGACCUCGUCGAGCACAUGAUCCGCAUCGCCUACGGCGAGAAGCUCAAGCUGCAGCAACAGGAGGUCAAGAUCAAGGGAUGGGCCGUCGAGUCGCGUGUCUACGCCGAGGACCCAUACCGCAACUUCUUGCCAUCGAUUGGCCGCAUCAAGAAGUACAUCAGACCCGAGGGACCCGGCGUCCGUAUCGACGGAGGCAUCCAAGAGGGAGGCGAGAUCUCCACCUACUACGAUCCACUCAUCUCCAAGCUCAUCACAUACGGCGAGACGAGAAAGAGCGCCAUCAUCCGCAUGAAGAAGGCGUUGGACGAGUACUUCAUCAAGGGUGUCAACCACAACGUGCCCUUCCUGCGCGACGUCAUGGAGAACGAGAAGUUCCUCUCUGGUGACUUCAGCACCAGCUUCAUCCCCGAGGAGUACCCCGAGGGUUUCAAGGGCUACCACUUCACUCCAAAGCAGAUUGAGCAGUUGGCCGUCUGUGCUACAGUUCUUCGCUUCAUGGAUCAAUACAAGCUCCUUUCCAACAGCACAAACCAAGCUCGUGAUACCCCAAUCGAGACUGACGAGUUCUUUGUCAUCAGAGUUGGCAAUGUUAGACAUUUGUUGAGAGUUGAGGUUAAGAAGGAUUCAUUCGUUAUUCAAUUGGUCGACGAGGCUAGCGAGACGAUUGUCAAGCAGUACGAUAUGGAGAUCCAGGAGGAUACACCAGAGAUGCUCACACUCAAGAUUGACGGCGGCGUGCACAGAUUCCAGAUUCACGGACGCUCCACACACGCCUACACCCUGCAGUUCCACGGCACCAAGACCGAGGUGAUUGUGCGCACGCCCGAAGAGGACGAGCUGUACAAGUACAUGCCCAUCAAGAAGUCUGUCGACUCGUCCAACGCCCUGCUGUCGCCAAUGCCAGGCGCCAUCCUCUCGCUGGCCGUCAAGGAGGGCGACAAGGUUGUCCUGGGCCAGGAGUUGUGUGUCAUCGAGGCCAUGAAGAUGCAGAACGUCUUGCGUGCUCCACGUGACUGCGAGAUCAAGUCGAUUAAGGUCAAGGCAGGCACGAACGUCGCUGUCGACGAGAUCCUCAUCGAGUUCAAGUAA